GAAACUUCACUAUAUUGUUGGAAAUAGUUUUAACUGGAAUCCAUAUAUAUUUCCUUCCGAACGUGGCAUAUCUUCUUGCUGUUACUGAAUGAAGAACCAGAUGUAACUUUGUAUACCCACCCCCCCCCCCCCCUUAAGCAGUCGCGCAGCGAACGUUGCUGAUGCAUCAACAAACGUGCGACUCUAAUUAGUUGCUUUUACUUUGUUGCAAAGCAUCACCACUGCACCGUUUCUGCAGAGUAGCGGUGCAUGUUGAACAUGUUGUAAAAGCUUGCUCGUGUUUAGUUGUUAACAAUGCGUUCCCAUGCGUUUAUAUUAUGUACUGCUGCUUCGUGUACGUAUGUGGUCUCGUGUAAACCUUUCGUUUGUGGCCGUUGUUGUAGAACGAUGUGCAAGGAAAAAUGGAAGAGAGAGAGAGAGAAAGAGAAAGAGAAAGAGAGAGAGAGAGAGAGAGAAAGAAGUAUGUGAAAGACGCUUUUGAAGGAUAGAACCGUUAUUGUAGUGUAGCUCCCGCUGCAGUUGACAAAACUCCCCGUGGGCGGGGAAAGGCUUUGAGCUUUGCAUAUACGGGUGCACGUGUGCUGCAGCGUGUUUUGAGAGUGGCUGGUCGAAAUCGAACGGAGAAUAUAAUCGGGGAUUGUCCAACCACUCCAACCCCCCUUUUCAUUUCUUCCUCGAUCUCGAUCAACGCUCCACGUGAAUCAGCUCCGUGAGCGGAUGUGGCACACCGUUUAUUAUUGAGCGAAUGAAGAAAGCGGAAAGCAAAACCAAAAAACCAAAAACCACAUAUUUGACAAGUCGCCUUUUAUACGCUCUCCUGUGGUCGUCCUGUUGUACUGUUCGCAUCCCAUCCACGUGGUGCAUGUACACAGCGACACAGUGAACAUAGGAAGGAAACGCACAUAAUGUAACAACUAAAAAUUGAAGAAAAUCUGAAGCUAUCCCAAAAAAAAAAAUGAAGCAGAACAAACAUGAAGAAAAAAAAAUCACACAAAUCCGUCUGAUAAUAUUAAAAGCGAGGAAACAGAGAAAAUGAGCAUCGCAGUCGCCGCCACAAAAAUACCAGUAGCCAGUACGAUUUGAAGCCGAACAGUGAUUUGUAGAUGCUCCCAACAUGCCCCCGAAUGAGGAGGGCAGGCUGCAAGCUGCCCAGGCGAGCACCAACAAAACAGGUGCCGGUAUGCCACCGGUGACUGAGGCUGCUUUGUUCACUAAAACUGUUUCUGGAAAGUAUUGAGGUAUUUUUUUUUUAAUAGAAAUCCUUGUCGGGUGUCGCGCUUCAGUUCUGGUGGGAUCAGGAAAAUUAAAAGCAAAUCAAAGGCUACCUGAUGUGUUGAAUGGCCAUACAAAGAAUUAUGAAUUAUUAUUUUAAGGUCUUUUGCUUCCCUCCGGUUUCGGCGACACUGAGCCGCCGUGGUUGUUCGGAGAUGUUCAAUUCGUUCCGCUGAUCUGAUGCUCUGUUAAGUAGAGUUUGCGAGCUUGAUUGAAGAAUGAUUUUAGCGUAACAUAGCGGAGCAUUCAUUACGAGCGUUUGUUUAUUUAUUUGUUGUUCGUUUCAAGUCUCUAGCUCUAUGGGAAUGAUAUUUGACCCUGAACUGAAGCGUGAACUCCGGCAGGAUGUCUGAUUCAACUUAUUAGGCAGUUAUGAAAACGGCAGGUGACCGAUGGCUAGAACAAAAUGUACGCAAUUUGCAUUCAAUUGGCGAUGCUGCAGAGAACGGCGGCAAGGAGAAGGAUAAAAAGGAAAGAUUCGUGUACAUUAGUUGCAUGUUAGGUAGAGUAAAAACACUACAAUAUUAACCGUACUGUAACAACAAACAACAAACAACAACAACAAAAACAACAAUACAUUAUGCCAGCGGCCAACGUGCAGUGGGUGGUGGGGAUGGUCAAUGAAUCGCGAACGAUGAAGAUGAAUUCGGGAAGAUAAAAAAAAAGCAACAAAACAAACCAAAACGAGAUAAAGAACCGAAAAAUAAAAUCAACAAAAGUACCCUCAUUAUGCGUAUAAUUAGUGGCUCGUCGCGUACUCCGAUGUUUAUACACGAAGCAGCCAUAAUUACCAAACAAGCAAAGCAAAGUGAAAAGAGAAAUCCAAGAAAGCCAUAUAACUGUGGAAAGCAAACCAAACAAAAUAUAUACACAGAAAAGUAAAUAAAGCAGAGCGAGCGGUAAGAGCAGGGGCAGCAAGGUCACCCAGCAUAUUAAUGAAUAAUUAGCGCAAACUGAAUGUUACACAAGUCAUCGGAAGUAAGCGUGCGAAUAGAGAGUGCACCGUGCGGCCUGUGCCUGGUGUUAAGAGGCGUGCGCCGGUCAAAGAGAAACCAAAAAUUUGGAUUAAAAAGUCAUGAUCGAGAGACAGCCUUUUCCGGAAAAAACGCGCGGUUGGGAUAUGGGGAAAGGUGGCUCCAACGAUGCACGUAUAUGGCACAAAAAACACGGGAAAUAAGUAUAUAUAUAUACAUAUAAAUUAUAUAUAUACAUAUAUACAUACAUACAUAAAUAUAAGAUGUGAACCAUGUAUUUGAGGGAAAUGCGUGGUGUGGAUGUAAGAAAAAGUCAAAGUGAGAAACAAAUUUAGACAUUUAUAAGGACACGCCAAGCAUAACACGUGCUUAGCUAUAGCGCUAGAACUGGCGAAAAUUGGUUUUACGAUGAGCAAGUGAAACAUACAAGAGUCCGCCUGUGCGUCGUGUACUACGUACGUUAGUUUUCGUAAGCUCCCACUCCCACAGAUUGACGAGGGCAUUUGUUGGAGGGGCAGCAGACAUUCGAUUCUGAGACAAAGGAAUCAAAGGGUACCACCCCCGGUCCCAAGUACUCCCGAACCGAUCCUUUGGCGCAUCUGUUUCGAUCAUAUGCGAAGCGUCCCAUUCAUGUUGCUAGUAUGCGUGUGUUUGUGUGUGCGUAUGUGUGUGUGUGCGUUCGUGCGUGUAUGAGUCUGUGUACGUACUACCGGGGGUACUUCCCUACCACUAUGCCCAUGCCUACUACGCUCUGGCACUGGCUACUCCACCGCUUCUGCUUCUGCGGUGGAGACGCAUAUCGUUGAGUGUGUUACGAUCGUACGAAACAAACGGUAACACAAAAUAAAUAAAAAAAAGAAACAAACAAACCAAUCAUACAAUGUACGAUGAUGAAUGAUCAUGAAAAGAUAAAACAAACCAAAAAAAAAACACAAAUGUCCCACCGUGUACCACAAAACCACCAUCCCCCACCCCGCCCU